CUCUCUUUGUACGACACGUCUCCAAGAUGGCUGCACGAGGUGCCUGUCUUCUUGUGGUGUUGGCCUUUGCCGUCUAUGCUGGUGCAGUUUCUCUAUCCAGUGUUCUGAGCGUUGAAGAUCAAGUUAGGUUUAAACAAACAUUCUACAAUGCAAUGCCUUUCAAAGAUCUGAAGACGGCAGCUUAUGCCAUCAUAGGUUUAAAACUUAUGAAGGCAGAGAUUCCCCCCACACAGGAUGUUUGCAAAUUUGCUAAGGACAGCAUUGAUAGCAGCAGUGUCAUCUCAAUAUUCUAUGUAUCUGCCAUAAAUUCUUACGCAAAUUGCAAGUUCCCAGCUGUACAGGGGGUGGAAGCCACUUUAUCAAAUGCUGCUAAAGAAGGAACAGACAUGAUAAAACUAUAUCAGGCAGUGUCAGCACAAGCUUAUUUGGGGCUGAAAGUGGACACAGCUGAAGUGCUGAAGGCUGUGAAGGCAGCUAUCAACUCAGAUGAAGACAGUAUCCUUGGGGCAGCAUAUGCCAUGCUCUUAGCAACUAAGCUUAAAAAAGAUGCUGAUGUGUCAUUCAUCACUGACUUGAUUGAGGAUACAGUGGCUCAAGCUGAUGAAGUUGACAACAGCUAUUUGCAGUUUGAAGCUGGACUCUUAACAACGUCAAAAGUGGUUUCUGCCAUUUAUUUAUACUCGGAACACAUCAACCAGGCUCCAGCCAUUACUGAGGAACAAGUUAUCAAGUUUGCCAACUAUCUUCUCACAAGGAAGCAUGUUCAAUCAGUGGAAGACUCGUGUGUUCUUUUCUUGGCCCUGGACAAACUUGGCAACAAUGCAUUCCAUGUGCCAGUUGUAUUCCAGUUGUAUGGCUCUCCAGUUGUUUCAGAUGACAACAAAAUGGUUAAGGUCCGUGUCACUAAUGUGAUGGACAAGGCUUUUGGUAAAAUGACAGUCACUGGUACAUCUGCCGAAGAUGCUGAGGGAACAACAGUCCUUAGCAACAAAGUGUUCACUGCUGGACCUGACAACUAUGAAUUAAACUUCAUGACGUCAAAACCAGGGCCAGGAGUUUAUACAAUCAGCAUCAGCGCCAAACCACACAAAGAGGACAAACGCCUUUUGGGAGCCACCAGUGGCCAGGUCAAGGUUAAAGUUGUUACCAAGGUGACUGUAGAAGACGUGGAGUUGUCAGUUGUCGACAAAGAGCAAAACAUUAAAGCGAAGACUCUCAGUGUCAAACAUCCUGAAGCCAUCAGUAGCGUUAUCGAAGCUGACUACCAUCAGAAGGUGGUGAUGAAAUUUUCAUUAAAAAGCUCUUCAUCUGGAGAGCUGUUCACCCCUCACCAGGCCUUUGUCAGACUCACCAAUCAGAAAACGAACCAAGAAAUAUUCUUUGUGGCUGAACCAGAGCCAAGCAAAGUUUUCAAAUUUGAUUUGGAUGUGGGGGCUACUGCGAAAGACUCCUUUGGAUCUCUUUCUGGAAGAUACAAGAUGGACCUCAUUGUUGGAGAUGCUGUUGUUCAGAAUCCUUUCGAGUGGAAUGUGGGAGUUCUCUCAUUAACGUUCGGUGAGGACCCAACCAAACCGAGUAAAGAUAAAGAAAACAUGUACCACGCCAAACCAGAAAUCGAGCACAUGUUCCGUAUUCCAGAGAAGCGUCCUCCCAAAGCCGUCUCCACAGCUUUCACUGUCCUUGUCUUCCUCCCUCUUGCUAUUAUGCUGAUUGUGUGGAUAAGGCUAGGAGCCAACGUCUCCAAUUUUCCAUUUUCUCUCGGGGCAAUAGUCUUCCAUUUAGGUUUGGGAGCCAUAUUUGUCCUAUAUUACCUUUUCUUCGUCAGCCUGAACAUGUUCACCACUCUAAAACUCUUGGCUCUAAUUGGUGGCCUCACCUUCUUGGGCGGUAACAGUCUCCUGAGCAACAUCGCAGCCCGCAGGGGAAAACGUCCAGCGAUGUAAAAGAUUUAGGCUCACUUUAGAUUGUUCAUUUUUACGAAGUGUUCAUUGUGCAAUAAAGUAAUUCUAUAAAAUA